AAUCAGCUGUUCGUUCUUACGUUCUGUAACCUUUUUUUGUCGGCGAAUGGUUAUAGAAACGAGUUAGCUCACAGGAUAUUCAGUAAUACUUUUAGAUUUAGGAAACUGACUGAGAUGACUGAAUUACUGGUCGACCCCGAGAUCCGGAGUUGGGUGUUCCUCCCGAUCGUGCUGAUCACGUUUUUCGUCGGUAUCGUCCGUCACUACAUGUCUCAAAUAACGGCCCUCGAGAAGAAAUGCGACGUCAAGGAUGUUUCCCAGUCGCAUAUGAUCAGCAGAGGCCGGAUCCUGGCAUCGAACGGGCUCUACCUCACGAAAGAGGCAUUCGAGAUGAGGAGGCACUACUUCAACAACCAGAACAACGGUUGUUUCAAAGUGCUAAGCGAGAAGCCCAGGGUGCAAAACCCGAUGAUGACCGAUCCAGGAGCCGUUUCGGACAUGCUGAAAGUCAACUUGACCAACGCCCUACCUAUGCUGAUCAUUGGCGGAUGGAUCAAUUUUAUGUUUUCGGGGUUCAUCGCUACCAGGGUUCCUUUUCCGCUUACACUUAGGUUUAAACCAAUGUUGCAACGUGGAAUCGAGUUGAUGUCUCUUGACCCGGCAUGGGUUUCUUCGGCAUCCUGGUACUUUCUCAACGUCUUCGGAUUGAGCUCAAUUUACAGACUGGUCCUCGGAGAAGACCCCUACCACGAAAUGAACCAAUUCCAACCCACGGCCCAGCCACCGGAGAUAAAGGCAGAAUGGGAGGCCUUAGAAAUCUACCAGCACAAAUGGCAACUGGCAGAUGCUCAUAAGCGCCUCAUGGAUUGAAUUAUAUCAGCAUGUUCUAACAUUUUUGUUUAAUAAAUUGAUCCUUUCAACCUUUUUUAAAUUCAAA